UGCGGGGCCCCGCCGGAGGAUGUGCGGCCGAACCUCCUGUCACCUGCCCAUAGAGGUGCUCGCGAGAGCGUGUGCCUAUCGGGACCGGCAGGGCCGGGAGCGGCUCCCCGAGUGGAAGGACCCCGACAAGUACUGCCCCUCUUACAACACGAGCCCUCAGUCGAACAGCCCCGUGCUCUUGUCACGUCUGCACUUUGAGAAGGGUGCAGACCCAUCUGAGCGUAUCAUUGCUCCCAUGCGAUGGGGCUUGGUCCCAUCUUGGUUCAAAGAGGAUGAUCCUUCCAAACUUCAGUUCAACACUACCAACUGUCGUAGUGAUACCAUAAUGGAGAAACGGUCCUUCAAGGUCCCUCUUGGAAAGGGAAGACGCUGUGUCGUCUUAGCAGAUGGAUUCUACGAGUGGCAGAGACGUCAGGGAACAAGCCACAAGCAGCCGUACUUCAUCUAUUUUCCCCAAGCCAAAACAGAAGAGUCAGGUAGCACUGAUGUUGCAGAGAGUCCUGAGCACUGGAAGAAAGUCUGGGACAACUGGAGGCUGCUGACAAUGGCGGGGAUCUUUGACUGCUGGGAGCCCCCAGAAGGAGGAGACCUUCUGUAUUCCUACACCAUCAUCACAGUAGAUUCCUGCAAAAGCUUGAAUGACAUUCACCCUAGGAUGCCUGCCAUAUUAGAUGGAGAGGAGGAAGUCUCUAAAUGGCUUGACUUUGGUGAGGUCUCAACUCAGGAAGCUCUGAAGUUAAUCCACCCCACAGAGAAUAUCACCUUCCAUGCAGUCUCUUCCGUGGUGAACGACUCCGGGAACAACACUCCUGAAUGUGUGACUCCUAUCAGCCUACUGGUCAAAAAGGAGCCCAAGGCAAGUCGUAGUAGCCAGAAGAUGAUGCAAUGGCUGGCCACAAAGUCACCCAAAAAGGAAGACCCCAAAACACCCCAAAAGACAGAGUCAGAUGUGCCCCAGUGGUCCAACCAGUUCCUGCAGAAGAGCCCACUGCCCACCAAGAGAGGUGCCACAGGACUCUUGGAGCGAUGGCUGAAGCAAGAGGAGCCCGUGGCCAAGCGGCCGCACAACCAGUAACAGGACUUUCAGAGACUACUGCCACAAUUUGCUGCAUUAAAUAUUGUUGCUAGUGA